GCAAAACAGGGGAAGAGCAUGUCCAUUCCUUAACAGUGUGACUCUUAUAAUUAUUAACUUAACCUUCAAGACCUUAGGUGGUUCUUAUUCAAAUGACUCAGUCUUAUUCCGUACUGCCUCUGAAGAAACAUCUCCUAACAGGUCCACAAUGAGGAGAAGGCAAACAUCAGAUUCGCCUCAUUCAUCCGCAGAUCCGAGUGAAGGAAGGGAGAAAUUAAGGCUGAAACAAGAGGUCGGCCUGAUUAGCGGAGUGUCAUUAAUUGCAGGCACCAUGAUAGGCUCGGGAAUCUUUAUGUCCCCUGAGUGGGUGCUGCAUCACAUGGGGAGCCCCGCCAGCAGCCUGCUCAUGUGGGCAGCGUGUGGUCUGCUGGCCACGUUCGGAGCCCUGUCUUACGCUGAGCUUGGAACCGUGAUCAAAGAGUCUGGAGGCGAAUAUAUUUACAUCUUGAGGAUCUUUGGUUCCUUUCCUGCUUUUCUUUUCGCCUACACUUCUGUCAUCCUGGUGAGACCAGCUGGGUUGGCAGCUGUCUGUCUGAGCUUUGCCGAAUACGCCGUCGCGCCGUUCUACCAAGGAUGCUCAUCCCCGCAGGUUGUCAUCAAAUGUACAGCUGCUGCCUGCAUCCUGGUCCUAACCAUCAUCAACUGCCUCAACGUGAGGCUGGCGAUGUCUGUUAUGAAUGUUUUUACAGCUGCCAAACUCUUGGCUUUGCUGGUGAUUGUGGUGGGCGGAUUGGUGCUGCUUGCCAACGGGCAGACUCAGAGCUUUCAGAAUGCUUUUCAAGGCACAAAUGCAGGUAUUGGGACGAUCGGAGUGGCAUUUUAUCAGGGGCUCUGGUCCUACGAUGGCUGGAACAACCUGAACUACGUAACUGAGGAACUGAAGAACCCUGAGGUGACCCUUCCCAGAGCUGUGAUGAUUGCUAUUCCUUUGGUUACAUGCCUGUAUUUGCUGGUAAACAUCAGCUACUUUGCGGCCAUGGCUCCAUCUGAGCUGCUGACUUCAGGAGCUGUGGCCGUCACCUGGGGGAACAAAGUCCUGGGUAACUGGGCAUGGAUCAUCUCCCUGUCAGUGGCACUGUCUACGUUUGGCUCAUCCAAUGGCACAUUCUUUAGUGGAGGCCGCGUGUGCUACAUCGCUGCAAGGGAAGGUCAUAUGCCUGACAUCUUGUCCAUGGCCCACGUGCGAUGCCUCACGCCUUCUCCUGCGCUGCUGUUCACCUCUGCAAUGUCUUUAAUAAUGAUAAUCUCAGGAAACUUCACCAGCAUUGUGACCUAUUUCAGUUUUAUAGCAUGGUUUUUCUAUGGCAUGACUAUUUCUGGUCUCCUGUAUUUAAAAAUCAAGAAACCAGACCUGCCAAGAUCUUACAAGGUCCCCAUUGUCAUCCCCAUAGUUGUGCUGAUGGCAGCCGUGUACCUGGUGUUAGCUCCAAUCAUCGACCAACCCCAGAUUGAGAUUCUCUACGUAGCCCUGUUCGUUUUUAGCGGUGUUGUCCUUUACUUCCCCCUGGUUCGCUUCAAGUGCCAGCCCCGCUUCUUACAGAGGGUCACUUUGCAUCUCCAGCUGUUCCUGGAAGUUGCUCCGACCUCUAGCGAUGUGAACUGAGUUAACAUCCUCCUGGUCCUUCCUCACUUACUGCAACACUUUGGUUUUCAAGGUUCAGAGAAUAGUAUUCUGGAAGGGAGAAUGAAUAGAAUUAAAGUGUCACCGAAAGGUUUCAGCUGGGAGGGACUGGAGCCAGGACUUCUCACAAUUCCUUAGAAUUUGGGGCAUUUGUUUUUCUCAUUUUCAGCUUUCACUCAGCAGAUUUCCCAAAGAAAUGUGUGUUUUUCAGCUGUCCAUCCUGAGCAGAUCUAAAUUUUAGCUCUCGUAUUUCAAGCCGUAAGGCAAUAGAAGACUGACAGUGAAGUAUUAAUCCCACAGCAGGCUGUGACCUUAAGCCAUCCUUGGCAGUGCCCUUCACUAUUUCCACCUAGCUCUGCCCCCUGCGAUCAUGCUGCUUCUCCAGUAAAUAAAUCAUGGGCAUACAUGCUCACAGCAAAACAUCCCUGUCUGCUCAGGUAUCAUCUCUGGGAGUGUGGCUUUCCCUUGUUCCUUCCAACCUCAGGUGCACAGUCACAACAGUCCUUUCUCUGUCUCAGAACAUACUCGCACCACAUUUCAAACUAAAUCACCCUACACGUGCCAUAGAAAGACCUCUGACAUGAGAUGGGAAGUGCUCAAAAACACUAUUCCAGUUCCCUCUAUUAGUUGAGGAAACUAAUAGCCUAAAAAGGUCCGAGUGUUUGGCCCUAAAAUGUCUUGUUGUCUCUCAAAAUACCGAAUAUUAUUGAGGUCACCUUUCUGUCAGUGUUUGUUCUGCAGACCUGUACUUAACACUCCAUUCCUGGAACAGGGUCACUCGAUCCUCCAGCUGUCUCAGAGCGGUGUAACUGACUGCAAUCUCACUCUGCUGUGUCACUCCUCCUCCCAAGUGGUGACACAGCAGCUGCACAGAUGCAGGAAGUCUUUUUGUCCAAGCAUAGGCACAAUGAUAGCUGGCAGUUAUCAUCCUUUUGGAAAUAAUUUCUGUUUCUUAGGGUUU